GAAUGCUGAUGAUCAGAUGCACGACCCGGUAUCCUUCAAGCCAUUCUCUCAGCAUUCUCAUAUUGUCACACUUGCGACUACAGGAAAUGUCUACCUUGCUGAGAGUAUCAAAAAUAUGGGUGGAAGGGAUGCUAUCGAUGAUUCUCCCUUUAAAAAGUACGUGCAGAUCGCAGAGGCAUCCACGUCAGCUAAAAAGGGUGCUGUCAAAAAGCUAUCGGCCGCUGGCGCUGCUGCUGCGAAAUCGAAACAGCCUGAUGCCUCAUCCUUGACUUCGACCUCCCUUGAUCCUCAUACAGCGUCGACCCCGGCCAUGUUUGAUGAAGAGGAAUUGAUGUUUGACGCGAUUCAAAAUCCUGCCAAGGCCAAGAAAGAAAAAGACGUCGGAAAGAGACGAGCAUAUGUUCGAGUGGUCACAAGUCUUGGGGGCAGUCUGAAUUUGGAAUUGUUCUGUGAAAAGGAUCAGUCAACAGGAGCUGACAGAGAUAUCUUCAGGUGCAGACCGGUGACCCAACGGGUACUGGGUCAGGUGGUCAAUCAUUCUGGGGCACUCCUUUUAGGGAUGAAUAUGAUUUCAAGGGAGCGGCUAAGCAUGACGCCAGAGGCCAUGGCCAAUAAAGGCAAAGAUACCAAUGGUUCCCAAUGGUAUAUCACCUUCCGCGAAACACCUCAUUUGGACAAUAAACAUACAGUGUUUGGUAAACUUGUCGGAGGCGAGGAAGUGUUGGACGCAUUGGAACAAAUGCCAGUAAAAGCAGGCACGGAACGUCCAGUGAAACCUGCCAAGAUUACCGAGAUCGUCAUACAUCAAGACCCAUUCGAGGAUUACAAGACAAGAUUAGCAAAAAAGCUCGCCCAUCAAGCACAAUCCUCGGCAAUGCUAGGGACAUCACAAGCGAAUCAAGCUCAAAGUGACAAGACUGAUACCAGGAACUGGUUUGGAGAGAGUAUCAAAGCUUCUGAGACCUUAACAGGUCCUUCAGGCACGUCUAGUGGUGUCGGGAAAUAUCUAAAGCGAGCUAGGGAACCAGGUACUUCCGAAACAGUCGCCUCUGAUGUCCCUUCGAAGAAACGGAAGACUGGAUGGGGUGAUUUCUCAGGCUGGUAG